UAAGAUGAGCAAAUAAAAAAGCCGCUACAGAGUGACAUUACUACUAGUCUACUACUAUUCUUUUUCUCUGAUCUAUCUAUCCAAUGGAUCUAGCAUAUUUCUGCUGCACCUUAUUGCUACUAUUUUUGGUUGGUUUUGGAAGCUCAGAUUUAGCAGCAGACAUACAAGACUGUGGUGACAAACUAGUUGGGCUAGCUGGCUGUCGUCCUUACGUUGGUGGUGAUGCUAAAGUUCCUUCCAUAGACUGCUGCAGUGGCCUCAAAGUGGUGCUAGAGCAAAGCAAGAAAUGCCUCUGCAUCCUCAUCAAAGAUCGCGAUGACCCUGACCUUGGUUUCAAGAUGAAUGCCACUCUUGCAGUUCAUCUUCCUAGCGCUUGCCAUGCCCCUGCUAAUAUAACUCAGUGUGUAGAUCUUUUGCAUUUAUCACCUAAGUCUCCGGAAGCGAAGGUGUUUGAGGGAUUUCAAGGCUCCUCUAAAACAAACAGUUCCACCCCUGUUUCAAAAGGUGGUGUUGAUCAGGGAUCAUCAAGUAGUACAAUUGCUCAAGAUAAGAGCUAUGGGUUGGGAAAGAGGUUGCUGGUGGCAGAGGUGGUUACUAUUAUUUUACCAUUUGUUUUCAUGUCCCACUUUUUCAUCCUAAUUUGAAGAUUCAAGCUUGAACCAUGUGUCGAUCUCAUUCUCAAUUGUUACUCUUCAAUCAUAUCUAUCUCUCAAAUUCUCAGUUUUGUAUGGGCAAAAUUAAAUAUUCUUGCGUUUUGUAUCAUUUAUUAGACAAAAGUUACUAUAUCUUUUGGUGAAACAUGUAAUGGAUUUUAUGUAGAACUAGAACCCUAUUCCAAACACAUGGUUAGCCAUUAACAA